AUGAACGUGAUUCUUGUCUUCCUCGCUGUGGUAGCCGUCGGUGUUUCUGGAGCUGUGAAUGAUCGCUGCAAGCAACCAAUUGAUCCAGGACUUUGUCUUGCCUACUUCCCGAAGUGGGGUUUCGAUCAGGGCACAGGCACCUGCACUGAAUUCAUCUACGGCGGUUGUGGUGGAAAUGAAAAUCGUUUCGACGAUGAGAGAUCCUGCCAGCAUGCCUGUCACCUCACGGUUAAUCCUUGCACGCUGCCAAUCGACACAGGACGAUGCUACGCUUAUUUGCCCAAGUGGGGUUACGACCGGCAAUCAGGCAGGUGCAUUCAAUUCCCCUACGGUGGCUGUGGUGGCAAUUACAAUCGCUUCGAAGAUGAGUGGACCUGCCGACGUAUUUGUCAGCGUUUAACAAAAGAUGUGAUUUCCUGGGACGCUGAGGAAGUUAACUGA